CAUGCCACACUUUAUGAUGCAAGUACCAACAUAAUAAUAUUAUCCCCCCCGUUUUUUUUUUCUCGCUUCCCCCCCCAAACAACCGCGAAUACCUUACUUUACCGGUAUGUACCGCAACUUGAACCAUCUCCUCCCUGCCCUGUUCUUUUCCAUUCUCUACACCCAUCGUUCCUUCCCCCUUCGAGGUGGAGCCUUGUUUCCCGUCAGUGGUACAUGCAAAUAGACGGUGCGUCUUGGGUUGGGCUGAUUGCACUGCAGCCUCUGAAAACCAGCUUACUCUCUCCCUUGUGCAUCUGCUACUCCUCCCAAAAGCAUCCCAGGGCAAGGGCCUCAGAGGAGCGUGCGGCGAAAACUGGAAUACAGUAUAAGACCUGGGCUUUUCCCCUGACUUUUCUCCCCUUUUCUUCCUCUCCGAACUUGACUUUAAGAUGUCAUUGUUUGGAUAGCCGGCUUUUUUUCUUUUCUUUACCUUUCUUUUCUCUUUUCGGAAUUUCAUCGUGCGAAAGGCUGAAGGACUUUUUACCUGUUGCUCCCGGUCAUGUCGCAAGAAUUUGCCAUGGAAGCUGGAGCUGUCACGGUUACUGCUCGAAAGGGGGAGGAGGCGGCAGGGUUGGCAGCUGUCAAGGAUAUUGUGUUUGGUUCUGUGAGUCGCAGUUUACUACUACGUUAUCCUCGAAGGGUAGAAGUGGAUAGAGGGCUAAUAGCGGAACAGUUCGCCGGAAUGAUCGGAAAAAUAAUAGAAUACCCCUUCGACACCGUCAAGGUUAGACUGCAAUCUCAACCGGACGACCAACCAUUGCGUUACCGCGGGCCUCUAGAUUGCUUCAAUCAGAGCUUCAAGCAGGACGCUUUCCGUGGGUUAUAUCGCGGCAUCUCACCGCCGCUCAUAGGUGCUGCGGCGGAGAAUUCAGCCCUUUUUUUUAGUGUUCGUUUAUCCCCCGCCGCUGCUACCCCUUCUCGUGAUGGGCGUGUGUGUGUGCUGAAUGGAGAGGGUGGGGGAGGGAGGAAUAGUACAAUAUCGCCCAAAACCUCGUGCGGAAAUCAUUCUAUCCAUCCCUUGAGAAGGAAGACGAUCUCCCCGUCGGUGCGUUGGCGUUCUGCGGUGCGGCUAGCGGUGCUUUCACAUCUUUCAUACUCACUCCCAUCGAACUCAUAAAGUGCAAGAUGCAAGUGCAAACUGUUGGCAUUACACGUCCGGCAAUUCCCGGCAUGCUCCCUUCCCCGCAAUUCAGUGCUGGCUCUUCAACAGCAGGCAUACACACGAUAUCACCGGCGAAAUUAGCUGGACCUGUAACCCUUCUCGGUGAGGUUCACAGGGCCUACGGCUUGAAGGGGCUCUGGCACGGCCACGUUGGUACCUUCCUUCGAGAGACUGGAGGUUCGGCAGCAUGGUUCGGAUUAUACGAGCACAUCUCCAAAGUGUUCAGGAAGUGGCGGGGUAGGAACAGCAAUACUGCUGGGGAAAUGAUGGCUGCCGGAGCUGCUGGUUUGUUCUUUCCUACCCGCGGCCUCCUCUGGAGAAUAUGAGCUGAUGGAAGGAGACAGCCGGCGUAAGCUACAACUUCAUAUUCUUCCCCGCAGACUCUGUCAAGUCCCGGAUGCAAACUGAAGCCAUCGGGAUCCGAGGUGACAGGAAGGGGUUUGUACAGGUUGCUAUGGGAAUGUACCGUGCUAGCGGGAUCAGAGGGCUGUAUCGUGGGUGUGGAUUGACGUGCAUGAGGAGUGCACCUUCGUCGGCGGUGAUUUUUUUGGUGUAUGAGAGCAUGAAGAAGUACUUUGGGUAGUCAUUAGUGGUACGUUGGUGGGUGGUCGGUUGGUUGUUAUUAGAUGGGCGUUUCUUUCUUUCUUGCUCUGCUAUAUUUCGCUAUAUUACGUUUUGUGCUUCUGGAUAUCGGGCGGGGUUUUUCCUUUAGAUAGAUAAAUCUCAGGUUCCAUUGUUCG